ACAUCAUCAUCCUUACUCUUAUAUAUUCAUCGAGUAUACUCUUCUCUCGGUUUCUCCAUCUUCAUUCUGACCAUAACUUGUACAAUUUGUAUCCUCUUUCCACUCCCUAUCCGUCUAUCUCUCGAUAUCAUCUUAUCUCCCGUUCUCCCCACCCGUUCCAGCGUCAUGGCUGACGAGGAAGAUAGACCUCUGCUGGACGGAGGCCCUGAAUCAUCCUCUAAUCCUCAACCUCCAUCGGUCAUGGACUCUUCGGCGACUCUGAUGGAGCAAGAACCCAGACCGUAUGAAUUGGCCUCCGAAUCGACACCACUAAUAGCCCGUCGGGACGAUGAUGAAGCGUUGGCGUAUGGGACGGACACAACACAGCGUCGCUCUUCAUUCUCAGACAUUGUCUCGAAAAAGUCUAGAUCCCGGUUACAGUGGCCGAUCAUAUUUACUUUGGUUUUAUUGGCAACCGUCCUGGCCGUCCUGAUAUUUGCUUUUGCUGCUCCGGCUGCGGUAAAGCGAUACGCCGAGGAGGCUACCGUAUUCAAACCCACACAUCUAUCGAUUGAUUCAGCAACAUCAGAUGGAGUUCGAGCUCGUGUACAAGGGGAAUUCGUUGUCGAUGCCAAUCGCGUACAAAGAGGGACUGUUCGAAACCUUGGUCGCAUGGCCACAUGGAUAGGAAGGGAGGUCGAAACCAGCCAGUCGGAUCUAGAAGUAUAUCUGCCAGAAUACGGAAAUGUGCUCGUUGGGACCGCAUCGUUACCGUCGAUUAAAGUUAAUGUCCGGAACGGACACACGAAUCAUGUCGAUGUCCUGGCCGAUCUGGCAACAGGGAAUAUCCCCGGCAUCCGUGCAGUGGCCAUGGAUUGGCUGGAAGGAAGGCUUGGUCAGUUACGGGUCAAGGGGAAAGCGACGUUACAUCUGAAGUCUGGACUAUUGAGCCUUGGGAGGCAAACAGUUUUCAAGUCUAUCGCUUUUGAAGAAAGCGACUUCCCUCGUAUACCUGAUGUCAAAGUCGACAAGUUGAUCGUGCGUGACCAAGACAUUUCUGCGGAAAAGGGCGCAAUGGUAGUUGAUGCUUCCAUCACUGCCAUGCUCGAUUUUCCGUUUGCCGUCCGAAUUCCCCCGCUUGGGUUCAAAGUCCUCGUUCCCAACUGCUCGCCAGGUGAACCCCAUAUCUCCGUGGCAGAUGUCCGGACCGAGGAAGUCCAGAUUGACCCAGGUCAAUUGACUAGGAUGGACGUCGGUGGCUUGAUCAAAGGCCUUUCUGAAGAAUUGACGACAACUUGCCCGGGGCAGAAAGACUCGCCGCUUGACUUCCUUGUGAGGAGUUAUGUCAACGGCCGUACAACCACAAUUUAUGUCCGAGGAGCUGAGAGCGCUUCCCUGGGCACGCCAUUAUGGAUGGUGGAUCUUCUGAAGAGCGUCACAGUGCCAUUUCAACUCACUGGGCAUGCCUUGGACAACCUUAUCCAGAAUUUCACCAUGUCGAAUGUGCAUUUCUCUCUUCCUGACCCAUUUGCGAAUCCAAAUUCUCCGGAAGCAUCGCCCAGAGUCUCGGCCUUGGUGAAAGUCCUCAUUGAUCUACCAAAGCAGCUUAACUUGACGGUGGACAUUCCACAUAUUCGCGCAGAUGCUGAUGUGUUAUACCACGGAAAGAAGCUUGGGGUUCUGGAACUGCAUAAGUGGCAGCCUGCAAAUUCGACUCGAACGGUAGACGCAAAUGGCUCCCCCGCUUUGUUUGUGGACUUCGCCAUGAAGGAUGUACCGCUCAGAGUCACGGACGAGGAUGCCAUGGCCGAUAUCCUCCAAGCAUUGAUUUUCCUAGGAAAAUCGGUUCAGCUUCACAUCGCCGCGGCUGUGGAUACCGAAGUCGCAACAGGAUUGGGGAACGUCGCUGUACGUAGGAUACCAGCAGAGGGGGAUGUGGACGUUAAGCCUCCAUACGGUGGAUCCCUGAAUCAACUGAAUCCGCGGAUUGAGUCUCUGGAACUAGGACCGACCACUGAAUCUUCGGCUCUUAUAAAAACCAGGAUAAACGUUACAAACCCGACAGAGUACUCCGCAACAGUACCACUAGCAGACUUCGUGUUGCUCUAUAACACUACUCCGGUUGCUCAUGUCUCAACUCGUGAUAUCUCAGUUGUCCCUGGAGUGAACACAGGUAUUCCGGUCGACUUUCUCUGGAGCCCUAUGGACGCAAGUGGAUCCGAUGGCAUAAGCGCUGGUCGCGAAAUGAUGUCACAAUACGCUUCUGGUUACAAUACUACUGUCACCAUUAAGCCCCACCAGGGCACAAUUCCCGCGUUGCCCAAGCUCGGUGAAGCAAUGUCUAAAUUGGCAUUCGAUAUGCAAGUGCCGAAUGUUCCUGUUCCUCGAUCUCACGAGGAUACCGAUGGUGAUGGCAAGCCGCACUUUGUUCAAUCCGCAAUGCUGCAUCUCUUUUCAUCAACUGCCGAUUUCAUUUUAUCUUCGCCCCUAUCCAAAACCACGAUUGAGAUCACCUCAGUGAAUGCCACCGCAUUCUACGAGCAUGACGAGGCCGUUGGUCAAAUUGACUAUCGAUUUCCUUUCCAUGUACCACCGGGACUUUCACGCUCUCCCCGGCUGCCGGUUGACUUGGAUUUCUCGACCAUUGGCUAUGGUGCUAUCAAGGAGGCCCUGGGAGGCUCUUUGAAGAUGAAUACAUUGGCUGAAGUUGGCGUUCGGAUUGGACACUAUAGAACUAUAAUCGACUAUAGAGGCAGGGGGAUCUCAGCUCAUAUUCGGCUUUGAUUUCUCUGCUCUUUUUGGGUUUUCUUGGGAUUUCUUUUUAUUCUUGGACACGAACUCAUUGGAUAUGACAUGACACUGGCGUUCAGGUUGGGCUUUUUUUUUUUUUUUUUUUU